AUGCAGUAUGCGGUGCUUCUCACCGCUGCGCUUCUGAGCGAAAGGAACAUCGAUCUUAUUGACAAAAAACAGGUCGCUGCUCACGCCCAAAGCAGGAACGCUCGACCGGACCUGCAGUCAGGCGAGUGGGCCCAUCCCGUCGCCGGCCGGGGCCGAUCCCCGUUCCCCUCUAACGGCACCGCUUCGCCGGCCGGCACCGGAACGACCAGCGCAUCAAGCAGCAGCGCCUUCAACCUGCCACACAACAUCACAUCCAGCACGAAUUCCUUCCACCCGUCCGGGUGUCCGCAGAGUAUUAGCACGUCCACCACAACGGUCGACGUGACCUUCUAUAUCACGGCGACGACUUCGUAUGGCGACAACGUGACAUCUUCCAGGGGUACAGGGACGGGUUUAGCGCCCUCAUCUGUUUCCUCGCAUAUAUUUGUCAACUCCACGACCUCGCAAGCGACCUGGAAUAUGUCCUCGACCUCGAUGCGUCUGUCGACCGGCUACACACUUCCCGUCAACUCGUCAUAUGCCUCGACGGUCUCGUCUGUGGCGGUUUCCGGAUCAUCUUGCCCCGACGAUACCGCCAGCACUCAAUUCCCGUACCCGAACAUCACGUCGAGUCUCUCGUCUCACUACUCCGGAUCGUCUCUUGCAACCGGAGGACCAUCCGGCACGAUCACUUCAGUGCCUGCCUGGCAUAACUCUACCUCUGCAGGCCCAUCGCAAACAGCAGAGCCCUGUGACGACAAUUUGAGCUCGACUUCUCUUUUUAACUCAACUUCGACCGCCAUCAGCACCCAGCUCAGUUCGACCGCGCCGUUGUCCACGGAGACGCCAACAAGCGCAGCUCAGAUGACGUCGUGUGACGAUACAAGCAGGGGAAGCGCGACUGCCAACUAUACCGCCACCGCCACCACAUCCAGGGUUCCGCACAUAAACUCGACCGCCGCAUACACACUCUCCACCAAGACGCAGAAGGGGACAUUCAGCCAGACCGUCUCGACCUCCACGACUGAGUGGGAUGAUGAACCCUCUGCCUCCACAUUGUCUACUGGCUUGUCUUCCUCUAUUCACGCCGUCUCAUCCUCUAGGACUACCCAUUUGCCCACAGUAACCCCUUUUCUCCCAAACACCACCAGUUUCGCAUACUCCACCCACACGACGACAGUCGGAACGACGUCCGCUGGCUCAUCAUCCUCGUCCAUCCCGACGGAAAGUUGCGUCAUCGACACCUCCAUGGUUCCUGUCACCAGUGCGCCGCUCACUUCAGUCCCGACCUCAACACUGAUCCCGACAAAGACCGUUUGCCAGGACGACGCACCAACGGGUAAGCCGAAGCCCGGGAACAACCACUGCGGUGUGCACGGUCUGCCAGUAGGUAACUACUUCCUCGCGCGCUUCGUCGAGAAUGCCCCUGGGGUGCCUGUGACGUUGGAAGGAUGCUAUCAAUUCUGUGCUAGCGUGAUGAGCGCCACCGACGGCUGCAAAUCCUACCGUUUCUACCCGGAAAGGGGUCUCAACGUGCCGCGAUGCGACCUCUAUGGCAGCAGCGUCGCCUACGCCCUGAACUCCAUCAACAACGACCACCCUGACAUGUGGUUCGACCUCACCUGCGGUUCUCCCUCCGACGAUAGGUGGGCGUCCCUACCUGGGAUGACCCGUCUUGGAGAGCUUGGCCUCUUGAGGUGA